CCGUUCCUUAGUAGGCCAGGGAUCGUCGCGAUGAACGUUGCUGCUCGCCGGCAGCGUGUUACCCGCGUCUCCGGGUCAGCUCGUAACCUCACGCAACUUCCGUCGUCCUGCCAAGGUCGAACUGAGCAAACACGGCGAACGUCAUAGUCCCGAUGUGCGAUUCCGAGGUGAAAGAGCAAGGCGGAGAAAGAGAGAGACAACGAGAGUUCCGUUGCGUUCAGCGGAUGCACGAUAAAACGGUAACGAAAGAGUACGGGAGAAAGAUAGAGAUAAGGGCGGUCCGAGCCACCCCUCCAGCUUCCCCUUUCCCUCUCCUCGGUUGUAGUUCGCGAAACCUCGUGCCUUAUCGCUAUCAACAGUAGCAGCGAACGGAAUCGCGCGUCCGCCCGGCAUUGGCAUUUCGUGGCCGAAUUGACGAGAAUGCGUCAUCGCGUUCCGCGAGCCGGCUGCCACCCGUCGCGUCAUAGAAACGGCGAACGCGAGGAGGACGAGGUGGAGGACGAGGUGGAGGACUAGGACCGUCGCUGACCGCAGUUAGCUCUCUCUUUCCGCAUUAGAUAAACGGUUAGCUGCGCGUUUCGAUGAGACAGAGCGACGGGACCAGCAAGCGCUUCGCUUCGGCUCCAUUUCACGGCAAGGCAGUUCCAGUUUCCUUGCUCGAUCGAUUUCCUCGCGAGAGAUCGCGCUCGAUGUAAGCCACGAGGAAGCGAAAAGUCAGUGAUCAACGGUCAAGUGCAUGAUGUGUCCGCGAUGCGAUGAUACACCGCAUUGCUUUUACGAACGUGCUGAUAACGCGAGGUUUGCGAGCUGUCCGUGAUGUUCGGCUGUGAAUGUUUUCGCCGUUGUGUCGCGGCACGAUGACGUCCGGCAGAUAAUGCCCGUGGAAGAGUUCCAGUCGACGCGACUCACGAACCGAUGGCGAGGUUUUAUUUAACAGCGGAUUUCAUUUCACAGAAGGAAUAAGGAUGUCGAAGCGGCUGAGUUUCUAUGGUCUGGUAGCCCUGGCGUUCAUCUGCAUCUUGUUCCUAGCGUUUAAUCAGCGCUACAGCUACUUCGAGCAUCGACUGCAGCCGAUGAUAUCGGAUGUUGAAAUAAGGCCACGAACUACCAAGAUCCAAGAACCAGUUACGGUAAGCCAGGCAUAUAUUACGGGAUACACGGACAAUGUCACGAUCACUGAAAUUUUGGAAGUGGUUGAUCAGCAAAGAAGAGCGAUCAGAAGGGAAAUGGAAAAUUACAAAUAUCUAAAUGGACGAUAUGGGGUAAACGUGAGCAAACUUGAAGACCUAGUGAUGGAGAAGGGUGGUAGACCUAUGAGGAGCAUCAUUUUGACGAGCUGGAGAAGCGGCAGCACGUUUCUCGGCGAUGUCGUGAACGCACAUCCGGCCAAUUUUUAUCAUUACGAGCCGCUGCUCGACUAUGGAAUCGUGCAGAUCAGAGAACAGCCAUACGCCGAUGAAUCUCUGACGAGGAUUAUCUCUUUGUUGAAUUGCGAAUACAAGGAUCUCGACCGGUAUCUGAACUAUGGAAAGACUCACCCGUGGGUCUUCAAUCACAACACGCACCUGUGGCGGCAAUGCCAAGCGCAUAAACGCAUAUGUUGGGAUCCGCGUUUCGUUUCCCGAUUUUGCCGGCUCUUUCCAUUUCAAUCAGUGAAACUUGUGCGAUUGAGGCUACAUAUCGCAGAAAGGCUUUUGGCUGAAGAAGAUUUAGGUGUACGAUUAGUUUUACUCGUCCGCGAUCCUAGAGGCAUCCUGCAAUCCAGGAAGCACAGGGAAUGGUGUCCCGCUAAACCUGAUUGCUCCGACCCAGCUCUAGUUUGCAAGGACAUGGAGUCGGAUUUUGAAGCGGCGGUGAAACUCUCAAAGAAAUAUCCGCAUUCUUUCAGGGUGGUGCGCUAUGAGGAUCUAUCCCUAAAUCCUUACCAGCACGUAAACGAGCUUUACAAUUUUUACGGCUUGCACUUUCACGGGAACGUGAAGAGAUUCUUGGAUACGCACACGAAGAACGACGUAGGCGGUGUGUCGAGCACCUUCCGGAAUUCCAAAGCCGCGCCGUUUCACUGGCGAGCCGACUUGGACUUCGAGGAGGUUCGCAAGAUACAAAAGGUUUGUGAGCGUGCCAUGCAAUUGUGGGGUUAUGUGAUGGCUUUAAAUUCCACUCACCAAAAGGAUUUUGAUCCUAUCACGAAUUAUCGGCUCCAGUUGUGACGGCUGGUAGAUAACGUGCUCAAUGUAGAUAUGAUGUAUAGUAUAUCGAUAUAGGAACGAAAGCGAUCGAUAAAGCGCUGUAGUUCGUAUAAAUAUUCAGCGAAAGGUGCUAGAAAAACAGAGAAAGAGAGAGAGAGAGAGAGAGAGAGAGAGAAAGGAAAGAACGAGCGAUCAAUGAGCUACAAGGCGAGGCGAAUAUCAAUUUAUCCUAAAAAGAAGAGAAUUAAUAGACAUAACAUUUUUGCGAAAUUGAAGAGGCUAUUUCUUUAAGAAAGAGACAAACAGGAACAAAGUUUUUUUAAUUGCACGAAGUUAUUACGAGAUUUCAGAGCUACAGAGUGUUGGGCAAAAAUUUAGAAUGAAUUUCUGGAAGCCUGGUAUGUAAGAUAAUCUUUAACCAUAUCGAUAUAAACGUUGCAGGUGCAUUCAAAGUGCUUUUGCAGAUCACGUAAAUCUUUCGACAAAAUAGCGUCUAGUAUACAAACCCCAUGUUUAUUAGCUUUUAACUGCUGGCGAACCGACUAUAAACGAUUUGUGUGUAGAAAUUGGUUAAAUUAGUUAUACGUUUUUUUACGGUUAAAGUUUUCCGUUAAAAUUAUAUCUUUGUUAUCAGUAAGUGAAAUCGAAAUUGUUUUCUUUUCUACAGAUUUAUUUUAAUUAAUAUUUUCACUAUUGAAUUAUGAAACAAAGAGCGACCAAAUAUUAUUUUGUAAUCUUAUAUUAAUUGUUUUAUUUGAAUUGUAUGAUACGUUUGGAUCUAAUAAUAAUGUUACUCGUUAUAAUUUUAUAAAUACUUACACGGAAGGAAUAGAACCAAAAAUAAUUAUUUAAUAGAGAGUGUGUGUCAGUGAAAAAGGAAGAAAUUUAAUCGCCGACGGAUACAUUAAACGAAAACAAGAUCUUUUAAUGUCAAAAUCGAGUUUUACGAUAUUUCGAAUCACCGACAACGUUGUGAAUUUAUAUCUGCGCUGGAUGGCGGAUUUUCAGUGACGAUACUUCAAUGUGAUUCAUAAUAAGUGGAGAAACAUACGAUCGCGGUAUCAAUUAACUCCUUUAUGUCAGUGGAACGUCCGAUCCGUCAUUAAUAAUCAUUCAGCAUCUUUGCUGGCAUGUCGAGGCAAUCGUAGAGAGUCGGGGAAAACGAUCACGUGACUCGUGUCAAGGAUGAGAAUAAGAGUCUCCUCCAUUCCACACAUGGCCUUCGGCACGGCCAAGCGAGUAAUAAUUAAAAAUACAUGAAUGCGAUCGUGCACGCGCGUGAUUUUUAUAAUGUAUACGACGCGGUCGUAUAACACUGCACACAAUUUAGAUACAAGAUAGAGAUAUUAUUACGAGCUGUUUGCUGGCGACUUAGACACUAAGGAUACUUUUUUGAAUCUUUACACGCUAUCGAUUAUCCGGGACAGCUUGGCUGGCCGGUCGGUACACGCGUUAUGUAUACUAUAGUGUAUAAUUAUGUUAAAUUACGUGUAUACUCUCUCUCUCGCGUCCUUGUGUUAAGCACCGAGCGCUAGAUUAUAGUACGCUCUCUGUGUGAUCGAAGAAGUUUUAUCAUGCACUUACUUAAAGUAGCAUUAAUUUCGACAGGUAUACACAUACACACAUUACAUUAUUAAUGUUAUUGUAACGCAGUGCGGAUAUUGGGAAAUCGAAAAUGAAAUACCGUGCCUCUACUCCCCCCCCCUGCUUUUUUUGGGGAACAGUUGUAAGAUCUCAAAAUCCGGACUCCGAUUAUCAAGAUUAUUUUCCUUGCCGUUACCAUCGCGCGUCCAUCGUUAUCAUUUACGGUGUAUAUAUAAGAUAGUAUGCACCCUCGAACACGAGACGGAGAUUAACAGGGUGGCACCCGAUCGACCACGUUAAUAUUGGACGCAGCCAAUAAAAUUAGUCAAAUUUAAUCUAACUCAACCCAACUACUAAGCAAUUUGAUUAUUGGCCUGUGUCCAAUAUUACGUGGUCAAACGGGACGCUCCCAGAUUAAUAAAACGCGAAGUUUCUUGUACGUACGGACGAGGUCACGCGAAAGUGUUACAACGAUGUCGUAAUGGAAUCAUUGCCGAAUUCGCAGUGGUACCUUACGUGAUUCUCGUACCGUUACCAUGUUCUCGCGGAAUAGGUAUCUAGUCCAAGAGGAACGCGUAUUACUUCGCAUUUUGUACCUUACAUUAGAUGUAAUACAAAGGUUCCAAUAAAAGAAUCACAUUUCUA